AUGCUGGGCUGUUGUGUCACUUCUGUCUCCUUCAGUAAAUCAAGAGCAAAGCUGGUGAAAAUUGAGGGCGGCGACGAGAGGCAGUUGCUGUCAGGAAGCCGAUCUUCAUCGCAACCUUUCAAAAGGUCUUUCUCCUGGGAACGUGACUACAUGAGAAAUGCAAGGGAACGGCAACAAAGAAGUGAAGAAAGUUCCUUCAAACGUACUGCAUCUAUGCCGAAUUUCUCGAAGAAACAGCGAAAAGCUGCUCAGAGGAAGUUAGCAGACAGGUCCAGUCAUGAGGUGUUCUCAUCAACUAGCAACAUUACCGAAACUACGCAGACAGGCAAGUAUCUCAUUUGGCUUGAUUUCACUUCUCACAAAAAUGUCACCAGAAAAGGAAGAAUCGAAGGGUUCCGUAUCUGCCUUUCUGCGAAGGAACUGCGUUGCGACCAACCAGUGUCAUUUUCAGGGUCGAUUAACACUUUGGAGUGGAAUCAGUCUAGAAGACCUCCCUCGGCUGCAGUACCUCCUGCACGAUCCGCUCAGUCGUCUGCACUUCCCGCUGUUCCAAAGCUGAAGUCAGCCUUGAAGACACCGCAGCAGUCCAGGAAGAGCGUGAACAUUGACGAUAGCGAUGUGACUUACGAAUGCCUACCUUGCGACGCGUCUGCAGGAGUUUCAAGUCUGUCUGGUGGAAGGCCAGCAUCAACUCUCCGAACUUACGAUCCUGUUUAUGAACAGAUAGGUCAGGAAAACUAUCUGGAGCCGAACAGCGUACGACUUCGUUCUAACUUGGCUUUGAACAUAGAUCAAGACAAGAAAGCACUGCUGCCUACGCAGCCACUUCCUGGCUCCUCGCAAUCUAUUCCGACAGCCAACCAAAAAACUACCGUAAUUGACGACGUGGUGAAACCUUCAUCUCUAGUGGACGUGCGCAGAGAAGGGGUUACUCAAACUGAUCCGAAAACUUCAGCAGCUCGUAUGGUCGAGGAGAAAGAAACUACGGAGCUGUUUCGGCGUGCUCCUGCAAGGAUUGAGCUGGCCACUCCAACGGCAAAGCCGAAAACUCCCAGCCGAGUCGACAAGCCACCACUAUCUAUCCGGGACUUCGGAGUUUCUCUGACACCCAAAACGGGCUUCUGCGACAUCGAGACCACGUUCGACAGUGCUGGUCCAUCAAGUGUGAGCUCAUCGAGUCACAUCAAGUACACUGAACUCGAAAAAGGACCGGAUGGUCGCAGACCUGUCCCCUCAACUCCAUUGAAGUACAUAUCAGUGGAGAGAAGCAGUGUCGACAGACUUCGGGAGCUUGCAGCAAGACCAAGUACCUCAAUAGACCAUCCGACGACGUCAAAUAGCAACGACUCAUUCGACGUACUGCGGCUGGCGAAAGCUGGAAUAGCCAUCAACACUUUUGGCGACCGCGUAAAACAACGCUCGAUAACGAAUCUCACGUUUCUGCCACGAUCACACACGGGAGCCUCGGAAGUAUUCGAGCGACCAGAUUCCAUGACUGGAAACCUCGUCCGUGGUCUCGUCGGCACCGCGGAAACCUCCGCAGUCGCUGCAGCAAAUGGUUCAUCGAAAAUUGCUCAAAGUCAUGCCGGACGAGAUGGUACAGAUUCCUAUGCUAGGGACGCAGAGAUUCGCCUGAAUUUAUUCAUGAAUGACGUCGUUAAAGACGAAACUACGGUUUAA